UCUCACACGCAGCAGGUCUCUGCCUUACCCUCAUUCCACACACCGUCAUAUGCGAAACACAAUGGCCGUACAAUCUGCCCCCUCACAUAAAAUACCAUCCGGAAGAUGAAGUUCACGUCAAGAGGCACCUCAGCAUCCAGGAGCGAAUAGGAUGGGAGAACCCUAGUGGGGUCCGGAAAAUGAGCGUGAAUGAGGGCGAGAAAUUCCUCCUCGAAUAUUGGCAGUUCAAAGAGCCGGAUAUCUCCAACAAUGCGACAGUGGCGCUUAUAGCUGCACAGCCUCUUCGACCGGUUAUUGAACGGGACAAUGAGAGGGACUACUUCAUAAGACAUGCGAUUCGCGACAUCUUCCAGAGAAGAGGCUAUCAAUGCCCAGGUGGCACACGGAGUUGUAUCUCUAUAGAUCGGCCAAACAGUUGUUGUGGCUCAAACGACGUUUGCACACUCAUCGAAGAUACUGGACUAGGCGACGUAGGCUGCUGUGCUUCAGGGUCUGACUGCAGAGGGACUAUUUCACAGUGUGACACAGGAGCUGGAUACUCGAGCUGCCCAGAUUCCCCAAAUGGAGGCUGUUGCAUACCCGGGUAUAGCUGUCAGGACGUUGGGUGUAUUGCUGUAAACACGCAGAUAGUCACCCGGACCUUCAACCCACCUCCAUCUUCAUCCACCACGCCUCCUCCUUCCUCACCUCCACCUUCAAAUUCGCCGAGCUCGAGUCUAUCCUGUAGCCCAGGUUUCAGAUCAUGCCCAGCGAGCCAGGGAGGCGGAUGUUGCGCUACAGAUCGUGCAUGUGGAUCGCAUACAUGCCCAGCUUUGUCUACGGGGCCGCCUACGUCGGCUGGGGCAGCGCCUCCCGUUCGGCCAACAUCUGAGUCUGGUUUGAUCACGACAGGCCCGGAAACAUCUGCAGGGCCUGAUGCGUGCCCGACAGGCUUCUACAUGUGUAGCGCAUACUACAGAGGCGGAUGCUGUAGAGUUGGAAGGAAUUGCGACAGUACAUCUUGCCCUGCAACGAAUACCGAGAUAUUGAACACGAAUGGAAUCACGAUUGGGGCCCCAGCUGGUGCGACCGUUGCUCCAAUACCGAGUCCGAGUUGCGCAACUGGCUGGUUCAUUUGUGGUGCUGAUGAAGGCAGCGGAUGUUGUCCGACCGGGUAUAGCUGUGGAUCUGGUGAUACAUGCAUGGCAACGGAGAGCGGGGCUCCAAACGUGGCGAAAGAACCACCAAGCAUGGCUGCAAGUGGUAAUCGAGUAUGUUGGUGUUUGCUAACUAUCGCGUGGUUCUCGGGUGUUGCAAUGUUGCUGCUAUAGCGCGGUGAAAACCUCUGAAUGAUAGGCUUGAGUACGACUGCAAAUGACUG